AUGUCGUCUGCUACUCCCGGGAAGGAGGCUGGGGAGAGGACGGAUGCCAGCCCGGUGCCUCACAGGGCGGUGGAAACACAUGGCCGUGCCAUGAGCAUCCUUCUCAGCUUCUGCACCAGUUUCAUCUGAAACACCUACAGAGUCCUCACUUGGAACAAGAUAAAAAAUGGCCCUGGUGCUAGCUCCUCUUCUGAUUAACCACAUACCAGAAUACAGCAGAACAGAAGGCAAGGUCAAGUGACAGAGGACCAAAGUCAGGUGCCAGAAGCAAGUGACAUCUAG